AUGGACGCUGCACGUGUGGUAAAGUUCGAGUCGCACACUGGUGAUCCGGAAAGAGAUUUGGCAUAUGAACGAGAACGAAGACGUGUAGUGGACGAAGAUGGUAUACCGACGGAAGUUGCUGACUACUUGGAUUAUUUUGCACAAAUGAUCGAAAAGAAGGACGUUGCUGAAAUCCAUAAUCUGUAUGAGCAACAUUUUCCCGACUUAACUGAAAGAUUUUACCGUGAGCGCAUGUGGCCGGAUGAACAAACUGUUGAAAGCAUAGUUGGCAGCGAAAACCGCUUAUUCAUAAUUCUGUACAAGGAGCUUUAUUACCGCCAAGUUUACGCUCGUAAUCAGCGUGGUCCAUCUCUGUCACAUCGUUUUGAAUCAUUUAUGAACUAUCAGGAUCUGUUCUCGGAGAUUCUUUCAAGCAAAGAACCAGUGUCACUAGCUCUUCCAAAUGUUUGGCUAUGGGAUAUUAUUGAUGAGUUUGUGUACCAAUUCCAAGCCUUCUGCCUUUACAAAGCAAACCCUGGCAAACGAAGCGUCGACGAAGUUGAUGAGCUGAUAAGCAUUGAAGAGGCGCAGAAUGCAUGGAACAUAUAUCCGGUGUUGAAUAUAUUGUACUCAUUGUUGUCAAAAUCGCAAAUCAACGAGCAAUUAGCAGCUAUCAAAGCACGGAAAAACCCUGAUGAAGUGGCCGACGAAUUCGGACAGUCGGCACUUUACUUCAAACUGGGCUACUUUUCUUUGAUUGGAUUGCUGAGGACACAUGUACUCCUUGGAGACUAUCACCAAGCCUUGAAAACGGUCGCAAACGUUGAACUUGAUGCAAAAGGGCUCUACAAUACCGUCCCAUCAUGCCUUGUCACCUUGCACUAUUUUGUUGGAUUCUCCCACAUGAUGAUGCGAAACUAUGGAGAAGCAACGAAGAUGUUCGUAAAUUGCCUGAUGUUUAUCCAAAGGACGAAGGCAAUUCAAACUCAACAACAGAAAAAGAAUUUCCAAUAUGAUGUUAUAGGAAAGACCUACGAGCAGCUCUUUCACCUGUUAGCGAUCUGCUUGGCGAUACAACCACAACGAAUUGAUGAAGCCAUUGCAUCCCAAUUAGCCGAGCGCUGUGGUGAUCGUAUGUCACGGAUGACGAAUGGGGACUUGGACGAGUUUAGACUUGCUUUCCAAAUGGGUUGUCCUAAAUUCCUUUCGCCUACCACAGUCGUAUAUGAGGGAUCAAAUCUUUCGAAGGAACCACUUUUGCGGCAGUCGCAAGCCUUUUUAGAAGGAGUUGAGGCUCAGAUGGCCCUGCCGGUUUUACGUGGUUAUUUGAAGUUGUACACGUCAUUGCCAACCAAGAAAUUAGCAUCUUUUAUGGACGUUGAUGACGCGAGCUACGAUUCAUUCCUUGGAAAACUGCUAACUUAUAAGAUGGUAGUGAAUGAGCUCGGCAAAGACUCAUUGACAACACCAAAUGACGACGAUGAACCAAACACUGACAUUGACUUCUAUGUGGACAAGGAUAUGAUCUGCAUCGCAGAUACCAAGGUAGCACGACGUGUUGGGGAGCACUUCAUUCGACAUAUGCAGAAGCUACACGAGGUCCAAAAAAUGCUAAAGAAGUUGGAAGUGAAACCAUAA